CAGUAUGUGGACGGACCGUCAGGGUAACUAGUAAAAAAUUUCAAAUUUUUUUUGGCAAUUGAUUGUUUUUCGAAUUUUUUAUUUUUGCACAUUUUUUUCCAUAUCAAAUAUAUAGCUAUAAAAAGUAUUUUAUACUUCUUUGUCCAUAUGUACAAUGGGGAAAAUACAUUUUGAUCAUAAAAUUGUAUUUUAAAAAGAGCCUACUACCAGCCUCGGAGACCAGUGGACUGCUUAUCGUUUAUAUCUGGAUCUGCAAUUCAUGGACAACCAUAGCUGUUACAGAAUAGGCGGAUAAAGUAGUAAAUAAACUAAACAUUAAUUAAAUACAUAUCCGUGGCAAGAUCGUCAAUCUUUGUGAUCAAAAUUUAAGUACAGAAACGAAAUUUUCACAAAAUACUACUAGUACAACUUUCUAAACAUUUUUUGUAGUCCUCUCUUUUAAACUACAGAGGUUAAAAGUUACAACUACGAAAAUCAAGUUCUUCUUUGCUCAAUACAAUUUCAGAUCUGGUUAACUUAUCUUUUACACAACAUUACUUUUCGCAUAAUUUGUCUUUCUGAUAAUUAUCAAACUCCCAAUGAUAAUGUCCUCCGCAUGCCAUUGACGUACGUUAUGACUAUUGACCGGCACACCAUUUAUUAAGUGUUUUACUACAUGUUUUACUGUGUUAUUUCUAAAUGUUUGACUUAUAAGCCCAAUAAAUACAAGAAUCUAAAAAAAAACUAAAGCCUUCUCAAAAGGUUUACAUCAAAGCAAAGCGCAAUAAAACUAAAUAUUUUUUUACUUCUUUGAUCAAAUUAUUGAAAAGUUCUUGCAACCAGAUAAGUGACUGACACUUUCGUAUGGAGAAGCAAGCAGGGGUAUAAAUGAAGGUAUCAUAAGGUUGUAUUUGAUACUGUUUAAAUAUUAAAAUUCAUUAUGUACAGAUUGUUUUGGAACGUAUCGCAACAUUGUACGGUAUAAUAUUAAAAAACAGCAGUGAUUUGAUCGAGGCAAUCAUGGGCAAUACACAGUGGAAGACCUUAGCACUGAAAUAUGCCGUACCAUUUGGACCCACAGGUAUAAUGUUAUUACUACUGGUGGUAUCUGUGUACGUUUGACCCAAACGGUACGCCAUACUGGAAGGCCUGUAUUCCUUCAAACUAGAAUUUGGUUCUUCACUUAAUGAUACGAAGGUAACUGAUUUAUAACAAAAAAGUUUGUAGCACCAACAACAUAUUUUAUAGUCAUGCAUGUUUUUUUAAACAGAGCCGAGAAAAGUAAAUUCCAAUUCAUGCCAGCUUGUAACUGUAUAUGAAUAUCCAGUUGUAUUUUUUCUUUCCUCACAGAAACUUCAUGGUCUUAGUUCCAGAGACGGCCCUUGGUGUUCUAUGGCGGGAGUACAACACACAGGACUUCGUUUGACAACCCCGAUGGAAUGACGAAUAGUAUUUUAGUGAAGAAACAGUGGAUCUGAAUCUGCGGCCCUGAGAUUGACAGUCAAAUGUGGUAAUUACUUAAAGUUGGGCUAGGUUUCUUUAUACCACGGUAAAAAUACGCGUCAAUUAGAAUCGCAACGGAUUCCAUUUUAUACAGUCAAUUAAAGAGUCCACAUGACUUACGUAAAGCAGUACACUGUACAAAGUGGUGAUUCUAAAUAAGAAAUAGAUAUCAUUAUUUUGACCCUAAUGGUUAUCUUUGGUCAAUAGACUGUAUUUCUGCAUACAACAUGAAGAUCAACUUACAGGACAUUCUUGCAAGUACAUGAACAUUGUAGAUGUUAAAAUGAGGACUUUUGCUACUUUAUAUGCUUAUAUUUCUCCAUGAAUCCGCAUCGUCUGAUGUGCAUAUCUAUGUCAGUCCUCAGGGAUCAGAUCAAAGUCAAGGACAGUCAAUAAGUACUCCAAUUAAAACUCUCAAGCGUGCGAUGGACCUAGCAAAUCAAACAUCAAAUAGCAGUUCAGUCGUUUAUAUCGAGUUGAUGCAAGGAUACUACGAUCUUGACCACACGCUGGUUGUUUCGAGGGACAAGCUUGUGAUCAGAGCAUACAAUGACCAGGAAGUGCAUGUGACUGGGGGUCAACGUGUCCCGAGUGCUUUAUUCAAAACAGUAACGGAUCCUGCCGUUCUGUCUAGACUUCCAGCAAAAUCGCAUGCUAAUGUUCGUGUCGCACAUCUUCCGGAUAUUGGUAUAACUGACUAUGGGAAAAUGAGUACAAGGGGUGGAUGGGCACGCACUGCAAUGCCCAUGGAAGUUUCCUUCAAUGGAGAACCUCUACAUAUUGCUCAAUGGCCUGAUGAGGGAUUUAUCAACAUUGUGAAUGUUCCAGACGGUAAGGAUGGGCUGCGAUUUCAAUACAAUUCAUCAAUACCUCAAUCCUGGAAUAAUGAAACCGAUCCUUGGGUUUAUGGAUACUGGUUUCGGAGCUGGUUAGACAUUUUAGCAAAAGUGAAGUCUUUGAAUGCAACAAGUGAAACAGUAACACUGGCUGAAAGGAUUAGUCAUGGUGUUAAAAUAGGUCAUUGGAAUGAUUUACAUGCAGAUCAAGGUGGUUACUUUAGAUUCGUCAACAUACUUUCUGCUUUGGAUCAGCCGGGAGAAUAUUACGUAGACAGAGAUCAUGGAAACAUUUAUGUAUGGUUGCCAAACGAUGACGGGAACGCCAAAGUGUCAGAUGUUAUAUAUGUGUCAAUGAUUGACACUUGUAUACAGAUAAAUCGAGACGUACGGCAAAUAAUCCUUGAAGGUUUCACACUCGAAGCAUGUAGAGGCAAUGGAAUCUACGGAACAAAUGUACAUAAUAUCCAGUUAACGAAACUGGCAAUAAGGAAUACUGGUAAACGAAAGUUAAAAUAUUAUUAAGUAAAACUAACCACA